AUGUUUGACACCCGUCUUUUUUUAGCGACAAUUUUUCUUGUCCACUGCAUUGUCGUAAUCCAUUUUCGUCGACAUUCCAGAUCUUAUCUGGAGAGAACCCAUAGCUCUCAAGAAGAUUGUCAUAGUGAGUUAAAAAAUAAAAAAAAGGAAGAGGGCCACGUUUUGUCGACUAAAGUUGGUUGCACAACCCAGAGAGGAAGCCUCAGUUAUGCCUCUCUCUCUCUCUCUCUCUCUCUCUCUCUCUCUCUCUCUCUCUCUCUCUAUUUAAAAAGCAUUUUAGUGUUUUUUUCUACUCUUGGAGACAUUGCUACUGACACGAACAUGAUGAACAAAGUUGAUGUUCAAGAUCAGAACGGGAUUCUUUUCACUUUGCUGCAGCAGCAAAACGUAACCGGAAAUUCGCCACUGUUCCGAGUCUCCAACACAGGCAAACUCUACACGGCGCAGACGCUGGAUGCUGAAUAUUUGUGUCGGCGAAAGAUAGAAUGUUUUAAAAUGGUGGACAUUGCCGUGCGACGCACAGAAACAUUUCUCUCUAUAUACGAAAUCAAAGUCAUCAUAGAAGAUGUCAAUGACCAUCAACCCGAAUUUCCUGUCGAACGGGUUAACAUAGAAUUUUCUGAAAAUGAUGCCAUAGGGACAAAACUAGCCAUUCCCAAUGCAGUGGAUAGAGACGUGGGGGUUCUCAAUUCCAAAAUAACUUAUCUGUUAAAAAACAACGAAAACGAACCUUUUACGUUAUUCGUUUCUAAAAGCGUAGUAGGGACGUCUCAGCUAGCAAUAAACUUGGACGAAAGACUUGACCGUGAGAUUCAAGAUGUGUACAUGAUCCAGGUGAUAGCUAAGGAUGGAGGAUCGCCUCCAAGACAGAGUGUUCUUGACGUUCGUAUAUCUGUUUCAGAUGUCAACGACAAAGUCCCAAUAUUCUCGCAAAACAUCUAUAACGUCUCAAUCGAGAACAACCACGAUAGAGCCAUACCUGUCGCCAUCGUGUUUGCUACCGAUAUGGAUUCGGGAAAAAACGGGGGUAUUAGUUAUCACUUCAGUUCUGAGACGUCAGACCUUGCCAAAAUGCUUUUUAAGCUGAACGAGGAAACCGGCGAAAUAUUUCUUCAUAAAAAGUUUGAAUUAGGACGAGAGCUGACCUACAAGCUGUAUAUCAAGGCCAUUGAUGGAGGCAGCCCGCCUCUGAGCUCCCUAGCGAUGGUUCAGGUCAAUGUGAUCAACCAGCAGAACAACGCCCCAACCAUCGACGUAAAUUUCGUGUCGGCGUCUAGAGAUAACACGGCCACCAUUUCCGAAGACAUUAAGGUGGGUAGCUUUAUUGCUUUCGUGAAGGUCACUGACCACGAUGCCGGGCAGAAUGGUGAAAUCAGUUGCAUCCUGCACCAUGACAAAUUCCAGUUGCAAAAUUUUGGUAACAAAAAGUACAAAGUUACCGUGAAAAACCCAGUAGACAGGGAAACGGAGGAUCAUCAUGACAUCACCAUCAGCUGCCAGGACAAGGGGACGCCGCCUUUGUAUUGUGAAAGUACAUUCUCGAUCCAAGUCAUGGAUGUUAACGACGAGAAGCCGCAAAUCUCGAAAGAAACGUUCAAAUUCUCGAUCUUCGAAAAUCAAAAGUCGAAGAUCCCUGUAGGGAUUAUAAAUGCUACUGAUCCAGACCAGGGAUCGGGAGGCAAGUUUACCUAUUCGCUGAUGACCAACAGCAAACAAUUCCUGCCAUUUCAGAUCAACGAUGUCGGGCUGAUCUCUACAAUCAUGUCUUUGGAUCAUGAGUUCCAGGACAUUUACCGAUUCCAAGUGAUAGUCAAAGACAACGGUAUACCGUCAUUGAACAACACAGUGAACGUGAUCGUUGAAGUGAGAGACGAGAAUGACAACGCCCCCUAUUUUACCUUCCCCAGUAUUAACCCUUUUACCAUAGACGUCCUUUACUAUCCGCACCACACCAAAAACAUUACAGUUUUGAAAGCAUCCGACAGCGAUAGCCGAGAAAACGCUUUCUUAAAAUAUGAAAUAAUCAGUGGUAACGACAAACAACUCUUCACUAUCAACCAUUACACCGGUCUGCUGUCAUUCACACACGUAGUCACACCGCAAGACGCCGGUUCCUAUGAACUAGAGUUCGUGGUCAAAGAUAGCGGUAACCCGAUCCUCUCUGCCACGACAACCAUGUUCGUGGCGCUGACCGUCAGCAACAAGACUUCGGACAUGUUGAAUACUGUCCACGUACAAACGGAGGAUACGAUCGAUCUCAACCUGGCGAUCGUUAUCGUUCUGGUGGCCGUGACUCUAUCUGUGAUCAUUACAGCCGCCCUGUCGAUAUGUAUACUUCGAUGCAAUAAUCACAGAAACGUUCCAUCGUGUGAAGACGGUAUGAACACAUCUCAGCGGUGCGUCAGCGAGCAGAGGCACCUCAUGUGUCCCUCCUAUCAAGGGACUUACUGGUCUGAUGCUCCCGUUGCUAUAACAACGGACUCAUUCAAAACCAGUAACACCCAAGCCAAGGGGACGAGAAGGGAAUCUCACCCCGGGUGUGACUUGAGUAACAAACUUAAAGAUUCGCCACCUGCCCUCAAGCCACGGUCAUCUGCAGAAAGCAGCCGUCAGAUGUGUAUUGAGGAGGUAGCAGUGCCACCUAGUGGUGAAAAACUUGAAAGUUGUAGAGUUAUGGUCCCUGAUUAUAAUCCAACUCGAAGAUCUACACAGUCCUCUCACACUGACAGUGGACGUGGUUGGAGUGAGGGGGACACAGGACAUAGUGAAGAGGUGCCAGGUAUGUAG